GACGACACCCUUCCAUUCAUCCAUCCUCUCCCUCUCUAGAGCGCGUCUCUCCUGCUUGUUUUUCACCGCGCGGGUCUGCGAGUAGAACGCUCGCGCUCGGCCGCGCUGCUGUGAUUGGAGGACAGCAGCAGCGCCCGACUGUGAUUGGAGGACUGAAUCAGGGCUCAUCGCGUUACGCUCACGAGAGGAAUGUUCCCUCACACAGAGGCACAACUAGAAAGAAAAGAACGAGAGAAACCGGAGAAAAACGUCCUCGAAAGCAGGAGAAAAUCACCUAAAACCUCACGACGGAAAGUCUCUAUAAUUCACGCUUUGAAGUAGACCUUCGUCACGAGUCAUAAAUCCUAAUUUGGAAGGAUUUUGAGUUGUUUGAGCGGCUUCAUCAAAUAGGUACUACAAAGGUAUUUCACAGAAGUUUGUGGCUUUGCUCUGUGAUCAGCUCCAGACAGAAGACUCUUAAUGCUGAUACCCAUGAGUCCCCUUCAUCAUCAUGUGCUGCCACACUUGCUACCCUGUGAGGGUCUCAAACAAGAGGAGGCUGUAAAGAGGCCUUGAAGUCUUCAUCACGCUCACAUACUCUUCCUCGAUCUACUCCGCUUCACAGCUCAUUGGCCACUUUGUUUGUCUCAAAAGAGUACGGCACAACCAAGACAGCUAUAUAGAUUCGGAUCUCAGCCAACAUGAUAAAAAGCACAUCCAUGGUCAUCGUCUUUGGCGUGUUGGGAGCUGCCUUCCUUCUCUCGCCGUCAGCUGAGGGUGGGCAGAACCCAGACUACAUGCUUCACGGCACUGGGGUCAAGCCUGGAUCAGAUCCAAAGAGACCCCAGUCAGGGGAUGGGUCCACCGUGGCCCCAGAGGAUGCUGCCCGCUUCCUUAGCUGCUACUGUUCAGGCCACUGCCCCGAGGAUGCCACGAACAACACCUGCGAGACGAACGGCCAGUGUUUUGCUAUCAUAGAGGAGGAUGAGCAUGGCGAGGCUAUCCUCACCUCCGGCUGCAUGAAGUAUGAGGGCUCCCACUUCCAGUGCAAGGACUCUCCUAAUGCUCAGACCAGACGGACCAUUGAGUGCUGUUCCACUGAUUUCUGUAAUAGAGACCUUCAGCCCACACUUCCACCUGCUAUUCCAGGAAAGCCUCCGUUAUGGAACGCCCACUUGCUGGCCUUUCUGAUCUCUGUGACGGUGUGUUGUUUCACUUUGGUGGCCAUAACUGUGGUGUGUUACUACAGGUAUAAGCUGCAGACAGGACAGAGACGGUAUCAGAGAGAUCUGGAGCAGGACGUGGCCUUCAUCCCUGCAGGAGAGUCUCUCAAAGAUCUCAUUAGUCAGUCCAGCACUGGCUCCGGUUCAGGGCUCCCCCUGCUGGUCCAGCGUACCAUUGCUAAACAAAUUCAGAUGGUACGUCAAAUUGGGAAGGGGCGAUAUGGAGAAGUGUGGCUUGGUCGCUGGAGAGGAGAAAAGGUUGCAGUGAAAGUGUUCUUUACCCGUGAAGAGGCUAGCUGGUUCAGAGAGACUGAGAUUUACCAAACGGUGCUCAUGAGGCACGAAAAUAUACUUGGCUUUAUAGCUGCAGAUAUUAAGGGCACGGGAGCGUUCACUCAGCUUUUCCUCAUCACAGACUACCACGAGAAUGGUUCUCUCUAUGACUAUCUGAAAUACACCACCCUGGACACACAGGCUCUAUUGAGGCUGGCCUAUUCUGCAGCCUGCGGCCUGUGCCACCUCCACACAGAGAUCUACGGCACGCAGGGCAAACCUGCCAUCGCUCACAGAGACCUGAAGAGCAAAAACAUCCUCAUAAAGAAGAAUGGCACCUGUUGCAUCGCUGAUCUGGGCCUGGCUGUGAAAUACAACAGUGAUACCAAUGAGGUGGACGUUCCUCUGAGUACAAGGAUGGGCACACGGCGGUACAUGGCACCAGAGGUCCUGGAUGAGACCCUAAAUAAGAACCAAUUCCAAGCGUACAUAAUGGCUGAUAUUUACAGCUAUGGGCUCGUUGUUUGGGAGAUGGCCCGCCGAUGCGUGACAGGAGGUAUUGUUGAGGAGUAUCAGUUGCCAUACUGGGAUAUGGUACCUUCAGAACCGUCCUACGAGGACAUGAAGGAAGUGGUGUGUGUUAAAGGCAUGCGACCAGUGGUGUCUAAUCGCUGGAACAGCGACGAGUGCUUACGGGCCAUGCUAAAGCUCAUGUCUGAGUGCUGGGCACACAACCCAGCCUCUCGCCUCACAGCUCUUCGAGUCAAGAAAACACUCGCCAAAAUGGUUGAAUCACAGGAUAUCAAAAUAUGAUCAGUUUUCCCUCCAAUGCCAGUCUGAGAGAAAUCAUGGAGAUAUUUAUGCUCACUUUUAUGAAUUAUUGCCUCAGUUCCUAAACAGACCUGUGGGAGUGCUGCUGAGCAGAACAUUUGCCGCCUUGUCUGGCUGUGUUUCCUCGCCCUGUUGCAGUAAUGCUCUUAGUGUCAUGUAGCACCCUCUGCUGGACAGUAUGUGCCAUAAUACAUCCACGAGGAACUAAGGACAACUGUUCAUCAUCCCCAUCGCCACCGUUUUUCCUUCUUCAGGCGCUCUUUUAUAUAUUGGGAGAGAUUCGAAGAGCAUAUGGUGCUUUCUGUGAAAGCUGUGUAAUACGAUACGUCUGUAUGGAGGAGUGGCAUGGUGCCAGCAGUGAUGGAGCCGUUUGGGAGAAGGCUUGACGACUGACCCCUCUGUUAUUGACUGAAUGGAGAGGUGGACAUAUUUGGCAUGAUAUUCGAACUAAACGCCCAUCAAUAUGCUUGGGAUAUGCUCCAGUGUGGCUAGCGUUACAAAAUGGCAACUUUGCAUUUGGAUCAUGUGCAGCUGUGGCCACUGAAACAUCAAAAGUGAACACCCUAUUUAAUUCAGAUGACCCAUAUUAUGAUAUAUAUGUAUAAAAAAAAAAGUCCCGUUAUUACAUAUUGAUAUUUUAAUCGAUAACCUUUUUGAAAAAUUAUGCCUUCAACUGCUUUCUUUUCUGAGAAUCUGUUCAAAAAAGAGUGUUAGCAAUAAGGUUUUCUAGUUGAAACCUUCCCAUUUUCUGAAGACUGGGAAUGUAUUCACUGUUAGGAAUAGAAAGUUCAGGUGUAAUGACAGGAGUAAUGUGAUCAUUACUCCAGCUCUGGCCUGAAGAAUUGAAGUACCGCUGGUCAAAUAUUGCCAACACCGCCGCCAUAUAAGAUCUAUCCAUCUAGAAGAUAUGGUGACUGAUCUCUCAGAAUGGCAGAUCUGAUCUGACUUAUUGGAGGUGUGUCGGAGCAGAUGUAUGCCCACUGCUCCCAAAUGCCUCAUAAACAUUGUUGUAUUUUAACCAAUAGCCUUCGAGUCAACCUCACUAUAUCACAUCUGAUUCAUCAGUGUCAGGUUGGAUUGCUGUUUUCAAUGCCUCAUUUAAACAGUUUUGCCUUGAAUCUAAUGUUGUGACGCUUGGAAAUCAUAUGACUCAUAAAUGUCUAAUGUGAUUAGAAUAAUGCAAAUGCAUGUGCUAUUUAUUCAUGUCAUGUCAUAUAGUAUAAAUUACUGUGGUAAGAUAUUUUUACUUGCAGGACUAUUAACACUGUUCUUGCAACUGACAUUCUCAAUGUUUUUACAGUGCAGCUCAACCUUUCAAAUACUAAAUUUAUGACUUUAAGAUGAAAUUCUACAUUUAAUGACUUCCUAUGAAAGUGUGGGUGUGAAUUAUCAUUAUUUGUCAUUUCUAUAAUGUGUAUGUACACAGACCCUUUGUAUGUAAUUUACUGAAAAGUCAGGACAGGCAACUUUAGUUCAACUUUCAUAUACAUGAAAAGAGUUUCAUAACUUUUUUUUUUUUAGAAAUAAGAUUGUGAAUGCAUUUUUUAUUUUUUUUUGCAAGAGCGUAAUCUCAAACUUAAAUCACACAACAAUGCAUUAUUAGCACUUGUGAAAAAUACAGGUUUAAUUUCAAAACUGUAAAAUAUUGGUCAUUCCUGCCUUAAAGAUCAGGUUAUAUUAUCAGCGUGCAUUUAAUAAGAUAUUAUAGCAGUCUGAGAAAUAUAAAUCAUACAGGUACAAAACCCUUUGCUUUGCAUUGAAGAUUCAGAUCUCCGAUUGCUUGUGUGUCUUUUCUAAAUGUUUGGGCUGCAGUUGUCCUCAAGCCUAUUCUGUCCAUUGCAACCAUGCCAGUUACCUUGUAAAAUCAUAUUUGAACUAAUUUAAGCUCAUAUGUCUAGAGAAAUGACUACACAAUGUUUUUGUCUUAAUUGUUUAAUAUGUAAGGAAACAUAAAAUGGCCUGGAUAAUAUGAACUUUGGUUUAAUUGUGCACAACAUCUGGUUUUAAGAGAGGUGCCUUAUGUUUACCAAGAAAAGCUGUUCUGUACACAGAAUUAGUCCAAUGUAUCAAUUUUUAAGUAAAUUACCUUAUUUUAGUAAACAA